GAGUCAUCAUGUUCAUAGCACAAGAUUAAGGGAAGAUGGUUUAGAAGAAACUCAAUCUUUUGAAUCCUCCUUUAAAAAUCUUGAGUUCGAUCUUCUUUUCUCACUAUAUUUUCCCGAAAAACUGCAUCUGGCAGUGUGCGGCCUCCUGUCUGUAACAACAUACAAAUUUUCUUCUUUUUUCCCCCUUGGAAAACUGUUACUGCUAGUAUUUUGGGAGCUGGGAGAGGAUUUCUUAUGUGGAUUAUAGCUUGAAAGCGGGGCUUACCUUUUCCACAUGGAUUUCUCUUCCUUUUUCUACUUCUAGAAUGGAGAAUGCUAUUAAAGCUCAUGUGUUAUCAUUUUCAGAAUAAAGUUAAAUUUUAGAUAUCUAAGUUCUGAAUAUGUAUGGACGGUGUUUAGUUUGUUGACUAUGUUUGGAAGCCUUCUUUGUGAAGGCAGAGUUGGAAGUUCUUCGAUCAAUGAUACUUUGAUUUUGGAUAGGUUGAGGUAUCUAGUUGGGAAGAAUGAGUUUGAUUAUGUUUGAGGGGAAUUUCCUACAUUGGAUUUUAAGGUAGGAGAGUGCGAGUCUGGUGCAGCAUAGUUGGUGGAUAAGUGUGUAUCAGCUUGAAGGAACUUUUUCUAGUAUUUAAAGGACAAAGGGGAUAGUGUGCACCAUUAUUUCUUAUUUUAUUGAAAUUAGUAACAAGUUUUGAUCUUGUGUAGUGUCCUGUGAAACUCUUUUUUAUCUCUCUCUUGAAUACACAUUGAAGAAGCUUCUGUACAAGUUCAUAGCUGCAAUCAUUUGUUGCUCAUUUCGAUUUGACAUGUUCCGGAGAAUAGCUCUGUAGAUCUUGCAUGAAUGUUUCACCCUAGUUUGUGCGACUCUUCGUUGAAGUGAACAUGAAUCAAGCACAUCGAUAUGGCGAAGCUCAAGAUGAAGCUAUCGUGACAGGUUUUGAAAUACCAAGAUCACCUGAUGUAAGUUACAACAACGUACAUCCUGGAAACGAAGAUGAUGCACGUGAACCACCAAUGGUUCCACCACAGCUGCACACUACCAUAUUGAACCACUACAGUGUGACUAGGGAUCAAUCUGCAGAACUGCCAUCACCACAGCACGUGGUUCUAAACCAUCUCUACCUCGAGGACAGACAAACCCCGGGACCAGUCGUGGCAGUCGGUGUAACAUCUCGUUUUCGCUCAAAGUUUGUUACCGUCGUGCUUUACAAACCAGCUGAAAGGAGAGGAGGAAGUACCAACAACACCUGAUUGUUCGUUCUGAUGGAAGCAAUAGAUAGAAAGGUAAAUACACAACAAUUGAUCCGCAGGAAAUCGUUUAUUUCUUCACAGCUGGUUGUGAAAGUAGAUAAAAUUAGGACCGCGAUCAUCCUUGGACUUGAACAAUCAAAACUAGAUCGCGGUUAGUUUCGAAAACUUUACUAUUGUAGUAUGGUAAAAAAUUAGUCAUGUGUCUGCUGUUAGUUUUAACUUUGGGAAAGUUUUAUUGUUGUGCAUUAGACUCUAGCAUAUGUUUGAUAACCUUAUCUUCAUCAUGUGUGAUGAUGCCCUUUACAAUUAUAUACUCUUCAUCCUAAGGAGGUAAUCUUUAUUCAAAUAGUUUGUCAGAUUUA